AUGGGAGCCCUUGGACUCCUGUGGCUGUUGUCGCUGCUGCUUUUGGCAGCAGCCUCGGACUCCGGAGCUGCAACGGAUCAGCGCUCGGGUUUCCUGGCCGCAGGGCCGCCUCUGCAGCCCCGGGAGCCACUCAGUUACUCGCGUCUGCAGAGGAAGAGUCUGGCGGUGGACUUCGUGGUUCCCUCUCUCUUCCGCGUCUAUGCCCGAGACCUGCUGCUGCCACAGCCGCCGUCCCCCUCGGAGCCCGGGGCUAGUGGGCUGGAGGCACGGGGAUCACUGGCUCUGGACUGCGCUCCUCUGCUCAGGCUUCUGGGGCCGCCGCCUGGGGUCUCCUGGGCAGACGCAGCCAGUUCGCCCAGUCCCGAGGUGGGUUCUACGCUGUCCAGGGUGCUGAAGGGAGGCUCUGUGCGCAAGCUCAGGCGUGCCAAACAGCUAGUGCUGGAGCUGGGUGAAGAGGCGAUCCUUGAAGGCUGCAUUGGACCCCCAGAGGAGGCAACGGCUGUGGGAAUACUCCAGUUCAACCUCAGCGAGCUGUUCAGUUGGUGGAUUCACCACGGCGAAGGGCGGCUGAGGAUCCGCCUGAUGCCUGAGAAGAAGGCAUCGGAAGUGGGCAGGGAGGGAAGGCUAUCCACUGCGAUCCGAGCGUCCCAGCCCCGCCUUCUCUUCCAGAUCUUUGGUACCGGUCGUAGUUCCUUGGAGUCACCCUCAGGAAUGCCUUCUCCUCCUGAUAACUUUGUAUGGAAUCUCACCUGGACAAUGAAAGACUCUUUCCCUUUCCUGUCCCACCGCAGCCGAUAUGGUCUGGAGUGCAGCUUUGACUUCCCCUGUGAGCUGGAGUAUUCCCCUCCCCUCCACAACCAUGGGAACCAGAGCUGGUCCUGGCGCCGUGUGCCCUCUGAGGAGGCCUCGCAGAUGGACUUGUUGAAUGGGCCAGAGGCAGAGCGCUCUAAGGGGACACCCAGAGGCUCCUUCCUCCUGCUGAAUGCCUCCGCAGAUUCCAAGCAUGCCAUCCUGAGUCCUUGGAUGAGAAGCAACAGUGAGCAUUGCACCCUGGCUGUCUCAGUACACAGACAUCUACAGCCCUCUGGGAGAUACAUUGCCCAGCUCCUGCCACACAAUGAGGCUGGAAGAGAGAUUCUCCUGGUUCCUACUCCAGGGAAGCAUGGCUGGACCAUACUGCAUGGAAGAAUCGGGCGCCCAGAGAACCCAUUUCGAGUGGCCCUGGAAUACAUCUCCAGUGGAAACCGGAGCUUGUCUGCAGUGGACUUUUUUGCCCUAAAGAACUGCAGUGAAGGAACAUCCCCAGGCUCCAAGAUGGCCUUGCAGAGUUCCUUCACUUGUUGGAAUGGGACAGUCCUCCAGCUUGGACAAGCCUGUGACUUCCACCAGGACUGUGCCCAAGGAGAAGAUGAGGGCCAGCUAUGCAGUAAACUUCCUGCUGGUUUUUACUGUAACUUCGAGGAUGGCUUCUGUGGCUGGACCCAAGGUCCACUUUUACCCCAUUUGCCCCGGUGGCAAGUGAGGACCCUAAAGGAUGCCCAUUCCCGGGACCAACAAGGCCAUGUCCUAUUGCUCAGCACCACUGAUGUCCCCACUUCUGAAAGUGCAACAGUGACCAGUGCAACAUUUCCUGCACCAAUGAAGAACUCUCCUUGUGAGCUCCGGAUGUCCUGGCUCAUCCACGGGGUUUUAAAUGGAAACGUAUCCCUGGUGCUGGUGGAGAACAAAACUGGGAAGGAGCAAAGCCGAACGGUCUGGCAUGUGGCCACCAAUGAAGGCUUAAGCCUGUGGCAGUGGACAGUAUUGUCGCUCCUCGAUGUGACUGACAGGUUCUGGCUGCAGAUCGUCACAUGGUGGGGUCCAGGAUCCGGGGCAACAGUGGCAUUUGACAACAUUUCCAUCAGCCUUGACUGCUACCUCACUAUCAGUGGGGAGGAUAAAAUGCCCUCGAAUGCAGCACCCAAAUCCAGAAAUCUGUUUGAGAAAAAUCCAAACAAGGAUCCAAAAUCCUGGGCAAACAUAUCAGGACCGACGCCCAUCUUCGACCCUACAGUUCACUGGCUGUUCACCACCUGUGGGGCCAGUGGACCCCAUGGCCCCACACAGGCCCAGUGCAACAACGCCUACCAGAACUCCAACUUGAGUGUGGUGGUGGGGAGCGAAGGGCCCUUGAGGGGCAUCCAGAUUUGGAAAGUGCCAGCUACUGACACCUACAGCAUCUCAGGCUAUGGAGCAGCUGGUGGGAAAGGGGGGAAGAACACCAUGAUGCGGUCCCAUGGAGUGUCUGUCCUGGGCAUCUUCAACCUGGAGAAGGAUGACACACUAUACAUCCUUGUCGGCCAGCAAGGGGAGGAUGCCUGUCCCAGGGCGAACCAACUAAUCCAGAAAGUCUGUGUCGGCGAGAACAAUGUAAUAGAAGAAGAGAUCAGAGUGAACAGAAGCGUGCAUGAGUGGGCAGGAGGAGGAGGAGGAGGGGGUGGAGCCACCUACGUGUUUAAGAUGAAAGAUGGAGUGCCUGUGCCCCUGAUCAUUGCAGCCGGCGGUGGUGGCAGGGCCUAUGGGGCCAAGACAGACACGUUCCACCCAGAGAGACUGGAGAAUAACUCCUCAGUUCUAGGGCUGAAUGGCAAUUCCGGAGCCGCAGGUGGUGGAGGCGGCUGGAAUGAUAACACUUCCUUGCUCUGGGCCGGAAAGGCUUUGCUGGAGGGUGCUGCUGGAGGACAUUCCUGCCCCCAGGCCAUGAAGAAGUGGGGGUGGGAGACAAGAGGGGGUUUCGGAGGGGGUGGAGGGGGGUGCUCCUCAGGUGGAGGAGGCGGAGGAUAUAUAGGUGGUAACGCAGCAUCAAACAAUGACCCCGAAAUGGAUGGGGAAGAUGGGGUUUCUUUCAUCAGUCCAUUGGGUAUCCUGUACACCCCGGCCUUAAAAGUGAUGGAGGGUCAUGGGGAAGUGAAUAUCAAGCAUUAUCUAAACUGCAGUCACUGUGAGGUAGACGAAUGCCACAUGGACCCCGAGAGCCACAAAGUCAUCUGCUUCUGUGACCACGGGACCGUGCUGGCUGACGAUGGUGUCUCCUGCAUUGUGUCACCCACCCCGGAACCCCACCUGCCGCUCUCACUGAUCCUCUCCGUGGUGACCUCUGCCCUGGUGGCCGCCCUUGUCCUGGCAUUCUCCGGCAUCAUGAUUGUGUACCGCCGGAAGCACCAGGAGUUACAAGCUAUGCAGAUGGAGCUGCAGAGCCCUGAGUAUAAGCUGAGCAAGCUACGGACCUCAACCAUCAUGACUGACUACAACCCCAACUACUGCUUUGCUGGCAAGACCUCAUCCAUCAGUGACCUGAAGGAGGUGCCACGGAAAAACAUCACCCUCAUCCGGGGCCUAGGCCAUGGAGCAUUUGGGGAGGUGUAUGAAGGCCAGGUAUCUGGAAUGCCCAAUGACCCAAGCCCUCUACAAGUGGCUGUGAAGACACUGCCAGAAGUGUGUUCAGAACAAGAUGAGCUGGAUUUCCUCAUGGAAGCUCUCAUCAUCAGCAAAUUCAACCACCAGAACAUUGUUCGCUGCAUCGGGGUGAGCCUGCAAGCCCUGCCGCGCUUCAUCCUGCUGGAGCUCAUGGCUGGUGGAGACCUCAAAUCCUUCCUCAGGGAGACGCGCCCUCGCCCGAACCAGCCCUCCUCCCUGGCUAUGUUGGAUCUUCUGCAUGUGGCCCGGGACAUUGCCUGUGGCUGUCAAUACCUGGAGGAAAACCACUUCAUCCACCGGGAUAUUGCUGCUAGAAACUGUCUUCUAACCUGUCCAGGAGCUGGAAGAAUAGCAAAGAUUGGAGACUUUGGGAUGGCCCGAGACAUCUACAGGGCCAGCUACUACAGAAAGGGAGGGUGUGCCAUGCUGCCAGUGAAGUGGAUGCCCCCAGAGGCCUUCAUGGAAGGAAUAUUUACCUCUAAGACAGAUACCUGGUCUUUUGGAGUAUUGCUGUGGGAAAUAUUUUCUCUCGGGUAUAUGCCAUACCCCAGCAAGAGCAACCAGGAAGUUCUGGAGUUUGUCACCAGUGGCGGACGGAUGGACCCACCUAAGAACUGCCCCGGGCCUGUCUAUCGGAUAAUGACGCAGUGCUGGCAACAUCAGCCUGAAGACAGACCCAACUUCGCCAUCAUUUUGGAGAGGAUUGAAUACUGCACCCAGGAUCCAGAUGUCAUCAACACAGCUCUGCCCAUAGAAUAUGGCCCGGUGGUGGAGGAGGAGGAAAAAGUGCCCAUGAGACCCAAAGACCCCGAGGGGAUGCCUCCUCUGCUGGUGUCUCCCCAGCCCGCGAAGCACGAGGAGGUGCCCGCUGCCCCCCAGCCCGCAGCUCUGGUGGCGCCAGGCCCCUUGGUGAAGAAGCCCCCGGGUGCGGGCGCGGGAGCGGGAGCGGGAGCCGGCGCGGGCCGGGCGCCCCGAGGGGGGAACGUCAACUACGGCGACCAGCAGCAGGGUCUCCCCAUGGAAGCCACCGCUGCCCCCGGGGACACCGUGCUGAAAAGCAAGAACAAGGUCACCCAGCCGGGGCCCUGAGCCCUGUACCAAACUAGCUUCUCCCCCUGGCUGAGCAGGAGCCCUCCCAGAGGAAGACAGACUGACUGUAUGGCUCCACCCCAAACCAGAGACCAAAUAUCACUUUCAUUUUGUGCCAAUUUGUUUUGAAGUGCCACAUUUAAGAAAUAAUAAUAAUAGGGAAAACCUGUAUUUUCAAAAUGCAUUAGAAAGAUUUUUGAGCAUGGGUUCAUCUAUCCUUUCAAAAGAAGAAAAUGCCACUUUAAAAAAAGUGAUCAGUACAAGGCCCAGAUUGGUUGCGUAAAGUUUUCGUGCAUGGUCCGCUGUACAGUCCCCUAAGGCUUCUUUCCAAUUUUGUGUGCUCUCUGCUUCGGUGUAGUCAGAAAUAGCUGCUUCCGUGUCUCACAGGGAAAGUCGUGGAUGUUUCCUUGCCUUGUGGACAUGGCCCAUUCGAGGGGCGAGGGAACAGAAAUGAAGGCAUUAAUUGCAAUGACUCAGCAUGGGGAGAGAUGUUAUUUACUUGGAAAAGAAAAAUCAUAAGCUAACAUCGCUGUGGGUAGUGGUUAGAGGCUUUUAAUUGUUCUAGCUCAUUGCCUAUUGUAAAAAAAAAAAAAAUGUCGUGACUAGUUUGUAGUGUAGUGACAAACGUGUAUAUAUUCAUCCAAGCAAAAUGCAUACAUCGCAAGUGCUUUGUGUACAAUGAAACACCAGUAGAGAUCCAGCAAUUCAAACGCCCUUUCAACAUACCUCAUGCCUUAAGAAAAUCUUCCUACUAAAAGUAAAAGUACUGAGUGUGAGGUUUCCUACUGGAUUUAAAACUCAAGAUUGAAAUUACUUGUAUCUAAACUUUCCAUUAACUCAGAUCUGAUCACUUAAGAAAAAAUUAAGUAGCAGUGAUACAUAGACAUAUAGAAAGAUACCCAUUUGUGGCCAUACAUGUCAAUACAUCUGAGGCCCAAGCCUUCCCAUACCAGAGUUCCUCCCCUUGGUGACUCUUUAGGCCAUUCCAGUGCCCUUCCAGUGGCCUAGACCUGGCCUAUCCUUCCCCAACCGCCCCCCAAGCUUUCUCUCCCUUAGCCAUGAGAUCCUGGUGUGCUGGGAACACAAAUGUGAUCAUAUAGUCAUAGCAUAACUUAUAUAGUAUCUCAGAUGCAGAUUACAAAAAGCAUUUUUCCUCCAGGUGGCAGUGAGGAAAGGAAUUAAGGGUUGCUUGGACAGUUGAGGUUGAUGCUGUGUUUCAGUGGGCGUUCUGAACCUGGUUUUCACAGAUGAAAUUUAUUUCUAUGAAAUGGAAUCGGGAACCCAUUAAAUUUUAUACACAUGCUUAUGCAAUACCGAGUUUAUCUGUAUGUUCAUUUCCCUUUUCUCCACUACUGUAUUUACUGUA